CGGGCCGAGGGCGGCGGCUCGGGUUGUUGGUGGGUGCUGGCUGCCCCUCCGUGCCGGAGGUGUGGACGCCAACCUCAGCGGAGAAACGCGGCUGAGGUAGGUUUCCCGUGGGCAGCUCGGACGGCUGGACCGCGCGUGGGGCAGGACAUGCCAGAAAUGGAGGGGAAAAUGAAACAUUAAAGCAGCAGCUAUGUGCAGAUCCCAAAGGAAUGAUGGAAACACCAGGUGACUGCCCCAGAAGUGAGUUGCAGGAGGGAGAGGACCCCGCCGUGCAGGGUGAGGAGGGGAACCUCCAGGGUAGUGUGCACCCCGAGGAGUUCGUGGCCAUCGCAGACUAUUCUGCCACCGAUGAGACGCAGCUCAGCUUUUCGAGAGGAGAAAAAAUUCUCAUCCUGAGACAAACCACUGCCGACUGGUGGUGGGGUGAGCGUGCCGGCUGCUGCGGGUACAUCCCGGCCAACCACCUGGGGAAGCAUCUGGAGGACUGGGGCCCCGAGGACUCAUGGCAGGACGAGGAGUACUUCGGCAGCUACGGGACCCUGAAACUUCACUUGGAGAUGUUGGCAGACCAGCCACGAACGACUAAGUACCACAAUGUUAUCCUGCAGAAUAAAGAAUCCCUGAAAGAUAAAGUGAUUCUGGAUGUCGGCUGUGGAACCGGGAUCAUCAGCCUCUUCUGCGCACAUUAUGCUCAGCCUAGAGCAGUGUACGCGGUGGAGGCCAGUGAGAUGGCCCAGCACACAGGGCAGCUGGUCAUGCAGAACGGCUUCGCUGACAUCAUCACCGUGUUCCAGCAGAAGGUGGAGGACGUGGUGCUGCCGGAGAAGGUGGACGUGCUGGUGUCUGAGUGGAUGGGGACCUGCCUGCUGCUGUGGAUUCACAAGAUGAUGCACGGGAAAAAGGGACUUGCUACACCUUUAAUCCAGGAAGUGGGCAUUGGCCUUUGCCCCCAGAACGCUAGCGUUCCUUCGUUUGAGUUCAUGAUCGAGUCCAUCCUCUAUGCCCGGGACGCGUGGCUGAAGGAGGACGGGGUCAUCUGGCCGACCACGGCCGCGCUGCACCUGGUGCCCUGCAGCGCCGACAGGGACUACCGCAGCAAGGUGCUCUUCUGGGACAACGCCUACGAGUUCGACCUCAGUGCCCUGAAAUCUUUAGCAAUUAAGGAGUUUUUUUCGAAGCCCAAGUAUAACCAUAUUUUGAAACCAGAAGACUGUCUCUCUGAGCCGUGCACCAUAUUGCAGCUGGACAUGAGAACCGUGCAGAUCGCCGACCUCGAGAUGAUGAAAGGUGAGCUGAACUUUGACAUCAAGAAGGCAGGCACCCUACACGGAUUCACAGCCUGGUUCAGUGUCCGGUUCCAGAACCUGGAGGAGGAUGAGCCACAGCUGGUGCUGAGCACGGGCCCGCUGCACCCCACCACCCACUGGAAGCAGGUGCUGUUCAUGAUGGAUGAGCCCGUGUCCGUCCUCGCGGGAGACGUGGUCACAGGCUCGGUGGUGUUGCAGAGAAACCCUGUGUGGAGACGGCACAUGUCUGUCACUCUGAGCUGGUCCGUCACUUCUAGACAAGACCCUGGGUCGCAGAAGGUUGGAGAGAAAGUCUUUCCCAUCUGGAGAUGACAGGUGCAGCUCUGUGUGGGCUGCAGCGUCUUGGACGGACAGACGUGACUCAGUGGAGUCGGCCCUGGACGGGAACGCGUGUCCUGUGGAAGCCGCGGACUUGCACCAGGAUGGGGUGG